UGAAUUCACUCAUUAUCUUGAGCAGAUCAACCAAAGAGAAAACAAGAGUGCAGGAAAAUAAUGGGUCACAAUCCAUCAAUUAAUGCUAGUUUGAUAUCACUGGUGAUCUUGAACCUGCUCUUCAUUUCUGGAACAUAUACAGUGAGUGUAUCUGUGAAAGACUGUUGCCUCAGCUACUCGCCGUUACCUCUGCCAUUUUCACGUAUUGCUGGCUAUGUGGAACAGAAAUCCAAUGAAAUUUGUGACAUUGAUGCUAUUGUAUUUUACACCGUGAAAGGUCGGUGGAUUUGUGCAAAUCCAAAGGAUAAGUGGGUCAGACGUUCAAUGCACUUCCUAAGCAAGAGGUUGGAGAAAAUGUCUGCAAAAUCUGAAGCUUAUCAACCUGCACAAGCAAAAACAAACUAAUAUUUUUAAUCUUAUCACCCAAGGUGGUUUUAUAGUUCCUUUUUAUUGCAAAAUGUAAGCACCUAGAUUAGGUUAUGGUAUUAGCUGCUGAAAGCAUUAUGUUAAAACAAUCAUGACCUCGUUGACAGCAUGUCUCCUAAUAAUGUGAGCCUUCAAUUUGGAUCAGUUUUUGUCUUCUAACUUCAGAGAAUGUCUCACUGGUAACCAUAACUUUGAGCGAAAUACAAUAAGGCUGAUUUAAGGUUCAAUGAGGAGUGACUUAUGAAUCACAAGAUCACAAGAUCACAAGAUAAGGGAGCAGAAGCAGGCCAUUCGGCCCAUCGAGUCUGCUCCAAGGAAAAGGGAAAAAGAAAUGGGGUGGGAAAAAAAGAAGAAAAAAAAAGAAAAAAAAACUAUUCUAAUCCCAUUUGCCAGCCUUAUCCCCAUAUCCCUUGAUACCCUGACUAUUUAGAUAUCUGUCUAUCUCCUCCUUGAAUACCCCCACUGAUCUGGCCUCCACUGCUGUGCGUGGCAAGGAGUUCCACAAUUUCACCACCCUCUGGGUAAAGAAACUUCUCCUCAUCUCUGUCUUGAAACUGUACCCUCUAAUUCUAAG